UCAAUCAUUACCGAUCUAUUUAGCUGUACCGGUCUGACAACUGUCACGGUGAAUGCCGACUGCCGAGGUCACGGGGAGACAAGCAUGGCAGCGUUGCUAAGAGAGUGUCGAAAUGUUUUUCGAAAGUGGAAUAAACAUGUCAGCCCUACCGUUGUGUCCAUGCGGUCAAUGGCCUCAAAAACACCUGUUGGGUUUAUCGGUUUGGGAAACAUGGGCAGUCCCAUGGCCAAGAACCUGCUGAAAAAUGGUUACCCCAUAAUUGCAACUGAUGUCUUUCCUGAGUCCUGCAAGGAGCUGCAGGAUCUAGGUGCCCAGGUAGUGGACUCCCCAGCAGAAGUGGCUGAGAAAGCAGACCGCAUAUUCACAAUGCUUCCUUCCAGUCCAAAUGUGAUAGAGGUCUACACAGGCCCCAAUGGCAUCCUCAAGAAGGUAAAGAAGGGCACGCUUUUGAUUGACUCUUCCACCAUUGACCCUGCCGUCUCGAAAGAGAUGGCGUUAGCAGCAGAGAAGAUGGGCGCUGUGUUCAUGGAUGCACCGGUGUCAGGAGGUGUCGGUGCUGCCAGCUUGGCCAAGCUGACCUUCAUGGUGGGUGGAGUGGAGGAGGAGUACCAGGCAGCACAGGAGCUGCUCACCUGCAUGGGAGCCAACGUUGUCUACUGUGGACAAGUUGGCACCGGACAGGCGGCAAAAAUCUGCAACAACAUGCUGCUGGCCAUUGGGAUGAUUGGAACUGCAGAGACUAUGAACCUUGGCAUCAGACUGGGUUUGGACCCUAGGCUUCUGGCCAAAAUCCUCAACAUGUCCUCAGGUCGCUGUUGGUCCAGUGACGCAUACAAUCCUGUCCCUGGUGUCAUGGACGGAGUCCCUUCGGCCAACAACUACCAGGGAGGAUUUGGAACUACACUAAUGGCCAAGGAUCUUGGCUUGGCCCAAAACACAGCCACCAACACUAAGACGCCAAUUCCUCUUGGUUCCCUUGCUCACCAGAUCUACAGAGUCAUGGGUUCACGAGGCUACGCCAACAAGGACUUCUCAUCAGUCUUCCAGUUCCUACGCGAGGAAGAAGGACAGUGAGCGGAAGAAGAGUAUACGCACACACAUCCCACCAGCUCACACCCGUUGCCCCUCGUCCCACAAUACUCAGCCGAGGCUACACACUUGCACUUAGGCAGAGCUCCAGUCCAAUUAGUAUCCAACAUAUACCCUCAUUGUCAUAGUCAAGAGUUUCACUUCAUGACAUCGAGUGCCAGGAAAUGCUAAAACUGGCCUCAAAUCCGUGUGGGGAAAAACAAAAGUACAGACGGACAAAGUUCAGGUUUACAUGUUACCGUAUUUUUCCUCAGGAUGAUGAUAGUGACAAUUGUUGGUUUUGCCAGUUUUGUACUUCAAACUUGUUGUCACUGCUAAGUGAUUGGACCUGAUCCUUGUUGUGAAAUAUUGUGAGAUUUAGAUGUUUAGUUGAGCACUUUAUGCACACUGUACAAUGCUCAGGGGCGUUUGAUGUUACAGAAUCUACUUGAAUUUACCUCUAUGCCACUGAAGUAUUAUUCCAUGUCAAACACUGUUUCAGUUGUUCACCGUUCACUUCAAAACAUGGUCAACCUCUGCUUGUUUCCGGUUGUUCAUUUUCAAUUUGCAUUAAAGUUAUAAGCAGGGAACAGUUAUUUCAUUGCUGCUUUAAGAAAAUCUACAUAA